AUGAGCACUCCGAAUGAUAAUUAUACAAUCCACAAGGUUUCGUUAAAACGUACGCGUCAAGCAUGCGGUCCCUGUCGUCGCAAGAAGGCUCGCUGCCCGGGUGAGAAGCCCACAUGUUCGCUAUGUGGCAGGCUGGGACAACGGUGCUCGUACGGAUCGCAGGAAGCACCAAAUCGCAUCCGAGACGGUGGCGCAUUCGCGAUCGACGAGAACAAUAAUUUAGAUGGAUCAGUCGAGGAGGCCGAGUCUGAUGUCCAUUCAGCACGGCGAGUUCAACGUAUUGAGCUCAAGCUAGACGAAAUCUCCUCUCUACUUCGAGAACGUCUACCGCCGACCCAUGCCCUGGUUGGAGCACGACAGGGGGAUUUACCCACAGCUCUGGAGCAUAUCCAAAAUCAGCAUAACGAAACACUCAACGUGGCCGAAAUGGCGACAGGGGACGAUGAGUUGACGGCAUGCCCACUUUCACCCGCAUUCAUUCAAGCCGAAGUCGAGGUCUAUUUGAACAAGUUCCAUGACCAGCCUUAUUGUGUUUUCGUCGAGCAAUGGCUCCGAGAAAACGCUCGCUCUUUGCCGUCAGAAAUUGCUUUUGCUCUGGUUGGGCUUACUCGUCGCCUCACGGUCAACUCGCCCGGAAUGCCCAACCUCGAUACACCUACGGGCAAAUAUUGUACAGAGAGAGCCUGGAAAAUACUAUCAACCCAAUACCAGCAGGGCAAGAUGGGUCUGUCCUUCCUACAAGCGACUUUUCUUGUCGCUCAGCUAGACUUUGCUGAUGGGAAUGCACACCGUGGUUGUGCUUCGGUCGCUGUUGGCCUUCGCACUAUCCAAUCGUUUGGGUUCAACCAAGGAAAGACACUCUCCUCCUUCACCAAGACCGAAGCUGAGGCCAGAAGGCGAAUAACCUGGGCAUUUUUCAUGCUUGAUCGCACCUACAAUGCUUCACGAAAUUACUCCCUGUGCCUCUCUGACAAUCACUUCACUUUAUUCUUCCCAUCGGUCUCGGAAGAUUCUCCAGCGCUGGGAACGCUGCAUGAAACGUCAAUGAAACAAGGCCAAAAAGUCGACCAAGGUAUCAUGGCUUGUCUUCUUCGGCUAUACUCACUCUGGGGUAAAGCGACAGAGUGGGUUUUUGAGCCUCUUCCCACAAGCACUCUGCCCCCCUGGCGAACCGGCUCUGCACUUGCAAUCCUAGAAUCAGAGUGGAUGAUAUUCGAGACUCAAUUCGCAGACGUACAUCGCUAUAUGAACGUUGAUUUCAAACGGCGAGCGCGCCAGGAUCCUAAGUCGCGGCCAUAUCUAUCGACCUGGCUUUGUGUUCAAUUCCUUCUUCACUCGAUUCUGUGUCUUCUCCACCAUCCGUUCGUGACAAUGAUCAAACUCCGUCAUUUAACCGAGAAUCUGUCGGCAACGUUUUUGCAGAAGUCCUUUGAAACAUCUUUGCUUCAUUCUCGGUGGAUUGCGAGAUUUAUUAAGGAAAUGGCAGAGGUUGAUCUGCGCUUGUGUGACCCUUUCUUUGGGUAUCUAGCCGCGAUCGCUGCUACGAUCCAGCUCGAGCACACUGGGAAUAAAAAUCCGCAAAUCGCACUUUUACUCAACAACGAAUAUCGAGUCCUUGUCAACUUUAUCACAGAGCUCUCAUCACAUUGGGAGAACAUGGAUGUAUUGGUCCAUCGGAUAAACGAACUAGCCGCCCGCCAUAGCAACUACGGCUCUCUGUUCUACAAUCAAGACGGGUUCUCGGGAGCAUUGUCGAGCAUGCCCACACCGGCGAAUCUGCCCAGAAUGUCGACCGAAGAUGAGGCCUUGAUGUGGGACAUUCUAGAUCUCGCUUCUUCAUCUAGCCCUCUUGAAGCGACCGAGGCUUCUUCGCUCGCACCGACGAGGAAGAAACGGAAGACGACGAAACAGCCAGUGGGGAGGUCAAGGCGGAAAAGUGAUCUCUGUGAACAAGCCGACCUGGAGAAUACACCCACACCGGGUGUACCCCCUCAUGAGGAUCGGGCCAUUGAAGGGUUGGGUGUGCCCAUGUUGAAUGAUGAAUCGAUAUCUGAUUGGCAAUUCCCCGACAGGGCUGGAAGUAAUGCUCCUGGCUCAUUGGUGCCUGAUAUUCCUGAUUGGAUGAUCUUUGGAGACUUUAUGUCGGAGCAUCUUUGA